AUGACAGCGACUAUCCAACAGCAUCUCGCCGACCAUCCUCCCCCACCAGAGACCCAGGAUCCUUCCCAGAAAAUCGAGUAUCUGGACACGGUGGAGGCGUAUGAUAAGUGGGCCCCCGUCUACGACACAGAUGGAAACUUCCUUCUACGGCUAGACAGCAUCGAGAUGCGCUUGCUGCUCCCCCGUUUCCUGGCGCGCGUGCGGGCACGGUUCGAAACGGACGCGUCGCCACUGGUGGAUUUGGGGUGUGGGACGGGGAGGAACACAAUCCAGCUGCUGGAUGCACUGUCCGUGCAGGAUAAUAAUAAUGGGUUUGCCCCGGCGGUUUUUGGUGUGGAUGCGUCGCCGAAGAUGUUGGACGUUGCGCGGAGUGCGAUUGAUGCAUCGAUUGCCGCAAAAACAGGUCAACAGACCCAAUCCACAGAGAUCUCAUUGGCGAUCUUUGAUUUAUUGGACUCUGCCUCAAGCAGGCCGCAGCUACCUUCCUCUCUCCGUGACGGAGGAGCGGUGGGGGUGAUAUCCACGCUGGUGUUGGAGCAUAUUCCCGCGAAGAUAUUCUUCGAAGCGGCAUCCUCGAUCAUGAAGUCGGGGGCGUAUCUACUCGUCACGAACAUGCAUGCCGAGAUGGGCAUGCGCAGCCAGGCCGGCUUCACGGAUCCGGCUACUGGGGUAAAGAUCCGGCCGACGAGUUAUUGUCAUUCUAUUCCAGAAGUGCUGGCUGCAGCUGAUGAGGCGGGAUUCCAGGUUGAGGAUUUGGUUGGGCAGGGUGGUGAUGGAGGCGUCUUGGUUAGGAAUGUCCAUGAGCGGUUAGGAGAUCUAUUGGGUGUCAGAGCGAAGAAGUGGAUUGGAGUGAAGGUGUGGUUUGGAGUGUGUUUUAGCAAGAGACAGUGA